AUGUUCCUCACCGCGCUGCCGCGCAAUCGCAUUCCGGGCCGGCAGUGGAGCGGGAAGCACUGGCGGCCACCGCAGGUGUCCGUGUUUGCGAAGCAUAACAUGAUCCGUCGGCUGGAGAUCGAGGCCGAGAACCACUACUGGCUGAGCAUGCCCUCCAUGAGCGCCGAGCAGGAGUACGGCCAAGCCGCGCGCAGGGCCGAGGCCUUCGAGGCCUUGAAGGUGGCCAGGACCUCCAAGUUCCCCCCCGCCCCGCACAGGUUCGUUGCAGACCAGCUCGACCAUCUCAGUGUCACCAAGAAGUGGUCCUAA